CUCUGGCCUGGAUAUCCCCUUUGAGAAUGAGCGAUGCUCGGUGUUGUCCGCACUCGAUUGCACGGGCUCGCUGCAGGCGGUGCUGUGAUUCAGAGCUCAGGCUGUUUUAUUUGUAGCGCCCUCUUUCUCUGUGUGUUUUGGGAUUCCUGGCUGCACCGUGUCUAUCUGUCUGUAAUGUACUGAAUAAUCCGUUCAACAACGAGACGGCAGCAAGCGGCUCGCCCAUCCGGAGCAGCGGAGCUUUUAAUCAGAACAAGGUGCUGGAGGGAGGAGGAGGAGUGCGGAGGCCCUUGGCUCACUCACCCAUCCGCCCGCCCGUGUGUAGUCUUGUAGUCUGCGGGCCCCAGGAGAUGCUCUGUGGGCCCCUCACUCUGGAGCUGCCUGCCUGACACCAUGGGCUGCACCUCAGCCAAGCACAUGUCCGCCGUGCCGAGCGAGGAGGAGGAGGGGGGGGGGGGCAAGGCCAAGGCCUACCAGAACGGGGACGCCUUCGGGGGUGAGCUCUCCUCUCUGAAUCCCAGAGCCCUCGGGGGCUUUCAGAGCAGCACGGUUUCUUUAUUUCAUGAGAGGCAGACGUUCAAGUGCAGCAAAAAUAAAAUGACGGUUCACAUGGAAUUGGGGGAGGGGAGAGGAGAGGAGAGGAGAGGAGAUGAAGACGGAGUGACAGCACAGAACCAGGAGAACCUGGAAAAAAGUGCUUCUUCGAACCGGAGCAAAUCCCAGAAGGAUGGAUCUGGAGCAAAUUCACAAAGAGCCAACAUCCACACAUCUGAGAGCCAACAAGAAUUCUUCCGAAUGCUGGAUGAAAAGAUUGAGAAGGGUCCAGACUACAGCUCCGAGGAGGAGAAGGACAUCAUAUAGUGCUUUAGAGGGGACUGUGUGGGACGCUGCUGUAUAGAGACUGGCAGACAGGACCCCUUUUUAACCCCAGCGAGGGGAGGUGGAGUCGGACAGCUGGGCUCUGCGCCCGCCCCUCUCGCUGUGGCUCUUUGCUGGCCUCUCAGUUUUGAAUCUGCUCUGUGGGUGGUCCCGGCCCGGACCCCCGGCUCCAGGAAGGAACUCUUUGCUUCUGUCGCAAAAAAAAAAUAACCUCCCAGCCCACAGGUCACAGGUCACGCUUCCAACCUGGUGAGGUCACUCGGGGCGUGUCCCGUAGUCGCCAUGGAAAUGCAGAUACUCUGCUUCACCCCUUCCAGUUUGCUGCUGGCUCCGUGCUGAACGGGGACUGGGAUUCCGUUUCUAUUAAAAUAAAUACUCUGCUGUUUUUAA